CUAAAUCAAGGCAAACCAAGGGGUGUAUGAACACGGAAUUGUGAAUUCAUAUACAUCAGCUUGCCUGCACGAUACAGAAUCAAUACCCUUUCGUUGUUGUUUGGUAUACAAUUGUUGGAUUCGCAUUAAAACCCUUCGGUAUUAGGUGGAUAGAUCCGUUUAUGACUAAUCUAUGAUUACAAUGUCAAAAGAUCCUAAUAGUCCUAGUUACACUAACGGCCAAACCUUCACUCUGAAUAAUAGGAGCGAGAAUUACUCUCGUGCCAAUCAUACCGUAUCAGACCGUUCUAAAGGUCAGCAUAUUGCAUCGCAGAAACAACAUCAAAAGAUGAAGGCCAGACCCAAAGAAAAAUCAGGAGGGUCUUUGGUAUCGAAUAAAAAAGGAGCAAGUCCGCAGGCUUCCAAUAAGGGUAGCAAUCUAGGAGGAGAUGAGCUGGAGCAGUACUCGGAACCUUCUGGUAUACAGAGUAAAAAAUUCGGCAAGGCAAGAAAGAAUCAAAUAUCACUUGAUCACUUGCUUGAUUUCCAGUCUUACAAAGAUCUGGAAGUGUAUCAACAGAAUCAUAAUAAAUCCAAGGCAAGAAGGAACAGUGACCAUUCCAAAAAGUCAAGAUCCAAUGUUUCCAAAGUCCAUUUACACGGAAUGAGCUUCAUCAAUGUUAAUUACAAAUUUAUCGUGGAUUACAGAGACGAUUAUAAAAUUCAACAAUUGGAUCCUAAUGUUCCGGUGGAAACGUCUAGUAUAUUGAGAAUUGUGGUUCCAAAGGGUAAUUCGUGUCCAAUUUGUUUGUCCGAAGAACCAAUCGCUCCUCGUAUGAUUACGUCUUGUGGUCAUAUUCUUUGCUUAACAUGUCUCUUGUCGUUACUUGAAAGUGAGAUCCCUACAUCCAAAAAGCGUGAGAGCCUGGUUAUAGUGGAGAAGUAUCGUGACUGUCCAUUAUGUGCUUCGAUUAUUAGAACCAAGGAAGUCAAACCGGUAUUGAUAGAUCUGGUGGAUGAAAGAUUUGAAGUUCCUAAGAUCCAUGACGAAGCUAUUUUGACCUUGAUGGCAAGACCUCAAGAUAAAAUCCUACCUUUACCUAGUGCACUCGAUGAAUUAAGCUUAACUAUAGAUAAUUUUCCUUGGGUUAGUCAAUCUGAUAAUUUACCAGACCUAACGCCAUACCUGCGUCUUUUGAAAGCGGAUUUUGCAUACUUAAUAGCUAUGUAUGAGAAAGAAAAGAAAGAUAUCAUGACUGCCUAUGAGAACGAAAAGCAUUUGUACAACGAUGAUGGGAAAUUCAUUAAAUUGGCAAUUGAAAAUAUAAAUAAAGACAUUGAAGAAUGGUCUGCCAAGUUUCUGCAACAAAGCCUUGCUCCGGCUAACAAAGAUACCCAAAGGCUUCAUUCAAAUCCAUUCUUUUAUUAUCAAACUGGAUUCAGGGCGAACUCCACUUACGUUUUAUCGCCAUUGGAUAUGAAAGUAUUGAAAACUGCGUAUAAUGGAGACUAUACUCGACUUCCAUCUUCAGUUAUUGCCAAAAUUGAAAAUAUACGCUACGAAGACCUUUCACCUGAAGUGGUGACAACCAAAUAUAAAUAUUUAUCGCAUUUACCAUUAGGAAGUUCAAUUGGAUUUUUAGAAUGUAAUUGGCUGAAUAAUGAAUAUAUUGACCAAGAGACUUGGAAAAUAUUCAAGAAUGAUUUAACUAAACGUACGAAAGCGUCCGAAAGGAAGCUUCGUAAAGAAGACAAGAAUAAAAAAUUGGCUCUUGAUGCUGAAGAACUCAGAACCCGAAUUUUUUUCGAAAGAGAGAAUAAUCCUGAACUAGCUAACAAUGAUGACUAUACCUAUGAUUAUUAUCCUGCAAAUUUCGGCAGUUUGACUAUAAAUGAUUAUAGAGAGUUACCACCUUUAUCAUCGCUGGCAAACAAUGCUAGCUCAAGCUCUCAAGCCGAGAACACUAAUGAUGAUACCCAUUCCGACUCUUCUCUGGAUCAAAAUACAUUUCAAACAACCAUAUGGGGUACCAAGAUACCCAAAUCAGAAGUUCAACCCUCACUCCACGAUGAUGAUGAUGACCCUUAUGAUUGGGAUCCUGAAGAGAUGAUUAGGAGAGCAAAAGAGGAAAUGGAAAAGGAACAACAAGCACAAGGAAAUUCCAAAGGAAAGAAGAAGAAGAAGAAGCUUGUUCUUCUCUCUUCAAAUUCCAACUGGUGAGGUAAAAAGGCAUACAUAGACACUUAGCAGGAACAAUAUAGAUAUAAAAUCAUAAGUACAUAAUCAU